UGUGUGAAUAGAGAUAAAGAGAGAGGAAAGAGAAUAUUUUUUAUGCUUUUUGGUGUUUGGUUUAGGGAGAAAGAAAGCACGCUUUGCUUGUUGAAACAAACUACAUAUAUAUUGAGAGUAUGGUUGCGUGUUAAGACUAAAAUCCACUGUGUGUUUUGAGUGAAAAGGAAUCUCUUUCUUUCUUUCGAUUUCUUUACUCUUUCCUCAUUUUCGCUUCAUUUCUAGUCACUCUUUCUACCUGUUCCUCCCUAUUGGUCUACUCUCUCUGCAAAUCUCAAGAUCUUCAGACACCCCCCCAUAGCCAUAAUAAUCAAACUAAAGAUAUUCCGUGUCUUACAAAUCCCAUCUACACCUUCAUCUCAUCUUCAGUUCUGUUAUAUUAAUUUCAUUUUAACAGCUGGAUGUCAUCAAGGACAUGGGCAGGUGAAAAAGAUCGGAUUUUUCCUAGUUAAGAACUCGGUUUUUGUUGAUUUCGUAUCUGGGUUUGGAGUAAAAGGUAAAAAAAACGAGCUUUCUUGAAAGAAAAAGUGGAAAUGGAAAGUGGGUAUUCGAGGGUGAAAGAUGAAGAGAUACAUCCUCAACUUUUGGAUUUGAUUCCGAAAGAAAGAAACUGGUUUACAACAAAAAGAGACGAUGAUGAUGAUGAUAAUCUUGACGUCGAAGCUCGAACAAGAUCAAGAUCAAGAAGUAGAAGCCAUGGAAAUGGAGAUGAAAAGACUCUUGAGCUACGACUUGGUCCACCUUCUGUUGAAGAUUGGUCCCCAAAAAACUACAAAACACCAUCAAAAGCGUCUGUAAUUCAUGUCCCCAACACCUCUCAGAAAAGUGCACCUACUCCGGUUGUCGGGUGGCCUCCGAUUCGGUCAUUUCGGAAGAAUAUUGCAAGCAGCAGCAACUCGAAACCAGCACCUCCUUCGGAUUCACAAAACGUCGUCGUUUCAGACAAUGUUGUUAAGAGAGAAAAAACUAUGGAAAGUUCACAAAAGGGUUUCUUCGUGAAGAUCAAUAUGAACGGAGUUCCAAUCGGUAGGAAAGUCGAUCUGAACGCUUAUGAUAGCUAUGAGAAGCUUUCAACUGCUGUUGAUGAACUCUUUAGAGGACUUCUUGCAGCUCAAAAAGAUAUAUCUGAUAAUCAAGAACAAGAAAAAGCGAUUACUGGUUUGUUAGAUGGAAGUGGGGAAUAUACGUUGGUGUAUGAAGAUAAUGAAGGGGACAGGAUGCUUGUUGGGGAUGUCCCAUGGCACAUGUUUGUUUCCACAGUUAAGAGGCUGCGAGUGAUUAAGAGUUCGGAGAUUUCCAACAUAUGUUUGGGAAGCAAACAAGGGAAGAUCCAACUUUGAUAAUAAUGGUUGCUGGAGUGUUUAAUUGUUUAUAUGAAGAAGAAAGCUGGUUGAAAAAUAGAGGGUUUUAUUGUGUUAUCAACUGGCCAUUUGGUAGCUUUUCUUUAGGAAAAGAGGAAGUAUAAUCCCUUGAAGAAUCAACAUGUAAAAUUGUUUUUUCUGAGCUAAAACUUGUGGGAAUAUGAAUUUAGAUGUUAGUAUUAAUGCAUCUUUUUUCUUAGUGCCA